GCUCUAUUCUGAUUUUCUAAGAUGAUAAACUCCAGAAGAUAAAUGUAUAGACAUGAGGGUGGAGCACCAUGAAUUCUAGCAAGUACAUGAGGGGUUUUCUAUGUGACAAUUUCCAGGAAGAGGAUAAUGAGGGACUUGUGAGAUGGGACUGGCAUAGUGUAGCGUGGCGACCUUUAUGAUGCGCUCAGAACACAUCAUACUAAGACCCUCUUCGUAUUUAAAACCAGCCCAGGACUUUAGCUAUCGGGGUUUUCUUCCAAUAUGGAACUGGCAGCUCCAUGUGGUGGCAGUUUUGCCCUUCAGAAAUUUAUUCUACUUCUCGGCAAAAAUGCCCCUUUGAUCUUAGUUUUCUUUAUUAUCUGGAAAAUCUUGAAAACCUUCACGGUGUGGCAUGUGGCUUUUGAGCUGCUCCAAAGAAGCUUAAAAUUCCUCUUUGACCCUCGUAAAUGCUUCUCCAAGGCAGAAUCCGUUCAGCAGAAAAUUGAGGCCAGCCUGCAGGAAACUAAAACCGUCGGAAAAGGGACCACCGAAGACGGUGUCCAUCAGACGCCCUACCAGCGUCUCCGUCAAUUGCUCUGCAAAGAACUGGCCUGCCAGGUGUGCCUGCGGGUAGCUCAGGAGGCAUGGCAGCUCAUUUAUUGGCAACGCACAGAGCAUUGUGGCUACGCCAAAUCCAGAUUCCGGCUUUCUCCCAGGCCUUGCAAGGAAGCCAAAGUCUCCACUGCCACCUCAGUAGAGGAAGAACAGGAGUCCUGCAUUUGGACCUCCAGUGUGACUUCUGCCUGCGUGGGACCUGUUUCCUUUGGCCCAGAGGGCACAGCAUCCACUGAUACAACACAGCAUGUGGCAAGUGUCGCAGCGGGGAAGAAGGCCUCGAAACGUAGCCUCCAGGAUCAAAAGACACAGGGCAGUGUCUCUGGGGAGCUGGAUGUUUAUAUGGAGGACCUCUCGAGCUUGUCCUCCAGCACUUAUGAGACCUCCUCCAUCAGUAGCUGGACAGAUUCUUCUGGCCACUCUACCCUCAUCUUCAGCAGACUGAAGAGCUGCAGGUCCCGUAAGCACCACAAAAGUGUCCUUCAAAAGCAGAAGAGUAGCAGAAGCUCACCCAAGCAAGCUUCUCCUGAGGCUGCCAAGGGAGAGGAGAUACACUUUCCAUCUGUGCCCGUCUCCUUCAUGAAAGAAGCUAUGAUUCAGAGCUUAGAGUCUCAUUGGGUAGCCAAGAGGCUCCAGCAUCUGCUGGGGAUGUCCUGGAUUCUCCUCAGGUCCCUCCGGAGCUUCAUGCCCUCGGCUCCAGCUUCCUCCUCGGAGAGGCCCCUGGGGGUCAGGGUUGUGGUGAGAAGGCCUCGGGUCCUCGCCUUUGUGGCCGCCAAGACCAAAAAGAAGCUGGAGCUUCAUCUCAAGAAGAGAGUCCAGCUGAAGCUUUGGCAGCUGCCCAGGAGGGUCCAAGAGGCUCUCAGGCACAUGAAGCCACUUCCUCUGCCCAAGAGUGAAACUUCUCUAGUACAGAAACCGGGCAAGAAGGCCAAAAGGUCAGUGGUCACAGGUCCACCAUUGCUCCAGAGAUCGUUGGAUGUAAUUCAGAUGAAGGUGAAACUCCACCUGGCUAAGAAGUGUGUCGAAAUACAAGCAGAGGUGUUUCCAGAUGUGGCCCUUCGCUCCUGGAGGCUCUUGGUGUGUUCGAACGUGCAACCUCUGCCCAAGCUGGUAUCUCGUGCGGACAAACCCUUGCAAGCUCGCCUGGUCUUCCUCCCCUUUGUGCUCCCCCAGGAUGCUAAGAAGAUGGAGAUGGUUGUGCAGAGAUGGCGCCUGAGUUCCUGUUGGGACCUGGGAAAGCGGUACGUAGAGUCCCUGGUUGCAAUGGCCCCUCCUCCAUCUUCCUCCAAGCCCUUCCCAUGCAGAAGGGAAGCUUCUGAAUUCUCAGGGGCGCAGACCCCAUUUCUCCAGCAGGGGGGGCGAGAAACCUUGGAAGCCCAUGUGAGAAAAAAGAGGCUGCAGCAUGAGUGGGGUCUCCCGAGUGUGAUCAGGAGAUCUCUGAAGGCUUUCAUGCCGAGUAUAGUCCCACGUUUUUCCGUCCUCCACAAGACCAGGAACCGCAUCGAAACUCUGCCACAGAAACUUGCCUUUCUUCCCGAGGACACCUGCAUCCUCCUGGAGUUCCAUCUUCAAAGAUUGAAGCUCCAGCAGAGGUGGGGCUUGCCCAGAAGAGUCCUGGAAACCUGUCGACGGCUGUUUCCAGAACUUCUUUAUAAAGAGAAGAGAGUGGCAGCAAAGCCCUUUUCUCAGCAGCCCAGAUUGGGGAUAAGAACACCACCAGGGCACCUUGUAAGGCCCAAGAAGGAAGAGGAGAAAGUUAGAAAAAAUCAGGGUCUUCCAUUAUGUCCAGCUCAGCCACUCCUCAUGUUAAAAACGAAAGUCUUGAAGAAACUACAGGUCCACCUGACGAAGAAACAUUUGGAGGUGCGCUUGGAAAGCUUUCCUGCUGCCCCACAAAUCUCCUGGAAACGUUGUUGGUGGUCUCAAAGGCAACCUCUCCCCAAGCUUAUCCUUCCGGGUCUGAAGACUCCCCAAAUCCGUAUCUUCUGCUCCUCCUGUGGCUUGGCAGCCAUGAGUCGGAUUGAAUCGGCGUUGCAACGGGGCCACCUGGCCUCUCUCUGGGGGCUCGGUCUCAAGUACAUGGAAGCUGUUACUGAAAUGGCCACCAUCAUCCAGCAGGAUGCAGAGAGGCCACAUCCAUCUGAUGGGACCAGGGAGUUUGGCUUUCAAUUUGCAGAAGGGAAGACCCCGUUCUUCCAACCAUCAGCCAGGGAGGUCUUGGAGAUGCACCUUAGGAAGAAAAGGAUACAGCACCAGUGGGGUCUUCCUUUCAUGGUCCAGAGAUCCCUGAGGAACUUCAGUGGCCACAUGUCCCCACUGCGUCCUUCAAAGGCUGUCACUCAAGCCUCCAUCUUCCCUCAAGAGCUACUUUUCCUUCCUCCAAAAGUCACCAACUUCCUAGAGUUCCACCUUCAGAGGAUGAAGCUCCAGCAGAGAUGGGGUUUGCCCAGAAGAGUUCUCCAGUCAUGCAGAUGCCUGUUCCCAGAACUUUUCUACAAAGAGAAGACCAAGCUGUUGGUGAAACACUAUUCACGGAAGCCCGGUCUAGGGAUAAAAACACGGGCAGGGGGCCUUGUAAAACCUCAACUGGACAUUCAAAAGAUGCAAGGAGUUGGAUUAUGUCCAGCUCAGUCACUUCGGAAGUUAAGCCUUCAGGCCCUGAAGAAGCUGGAGGUCCACCUGACUAAGAAACAUUUAGAGGUGCGCUUGGAAACCUUUCCUGCUCUCUCACGAAUCUCAUGGCGCUGUGUGUGGUUGUCUGCAAGCCAACCCCUUCCCAAACUGAUCCUUCCUGGUCUCAAGACCCCACAGACUCGUAGCCCCUGCCUCUUCUUUGACUUGGCAGCCAUGGGUCGGAUCGAAGUAGCUUUGCAACGGGGUCGCUUGGUAUCCCUCUGGGGCCUGGGGCUGAAGUAUGUGGAGAUAUUGGCAGCUAUGUGUCCUGGAGGACCUUUGUCUUCAGUCAAGUUUAAAGAGAUCCCCGUUGAAUUUUCAGAAGUAAAGUCCCUGUUUUUCAAAAAUGCAGUCAGAGAAAACUUAGAAAUGCAUGUUAAGAAGAAGAGACUACAACACGAGUGGGGAUAUUCUACCCUGGUCCAGAGGUCACUUAGAAGCUUAAUUGGAGAAGCACCCAACUGGCAUCGUGAUCUUCCAAAGGAGGUGACUCAGAUCUCCUUGCUUCAUCUAGAGUUGCAUUUCCUUUCUGAGACGGUCAAACAAAACCUGGAGCUCCACCUUCAACGGCUAAAGUUACAGCGAAGGUGGGACAUCCCUCAGAAAGUCCAUCGGUCUGUAAAGUUUUUUCACUCCCUCGUUCCAGAGGAGAAACCUCAAGCCACAUUUGGAGAAACUCAGGUGGACAGUGGAAGGUGGGAAGAAACCAAUGCUCUCCUCCCAAAGAACAAGGGAUGUCUAGAAGAUCUGCUUAGAUAUACUCUGGAGACUCACCUCAAGAAAAAAUCUCUGGAGAUUAAGUUCCAGUUAAUAGGAUAUAAGAAGUUUUCUGGUCCCAUCAAACAUGCUUUCCUUCCUAAAUGUUCCCUUGUGUCCUCAGAAAUCAAACCCAGACCAUCUUGCUUGUAUUUUGUGGAACAGGAUGUUGUGGAAAAGAUGAACUUGAACAUUAAACACAAGCAAUUAAUGCAUCUUUGGGGUCUUCCCAGUAUCUACACUAAAUCCUUGAACAAGAUGUUUGGCAAUGUUAUUGUAGGAAGCCCACUACUAGAGAUGUCCAAGCUCAGGAGAUGGACUCUGGAGAAGAAUGUUGGCCAGGAGAAUCAAACAGUCAAUGCAAUGGGUUCCAGAACAAAAGAAUUGAGAUUCUCAAGGAAAGGUCCAUGUUUUGUCCAAACAGAGAUUUUGGACCUUCUGGAGAUGCACGUUCGGCGCAAGAAGUUACAACAUGAAUGGGGAUUACCAUCCAUGGUUCAAAAAUCUCUUCAGGCCUUUGCUUUAGAACCAGAACAGCUUUUGGAGGGAUUUGGCAUUGCCAUUACCGGUUCAUGGGGUGUAUUAAAAGUGACAAUUAAAAUAACCACGAGCUUGUUUUUCGUGGCUCUUGCGACGCAGAAGCUACUGGAGGCUCACAUGAAGAACCGAACUGCAGCCCAUCGAUGGGGUCUUCCCAAACGGGUCCAGGAAUCAUUGAAAAUGUUUCUGCCCCCUGCUUCUCAUUCCCAAGUUGAGGGCGACCAGGGUCAAGCCAAAACCCCAUGGCAUGCCUACAACCGACUCUUCCAGACUGCCUCAAAGCAACGGCACAAAGCAGAAAACAUACAUCAUGUAACCACAGUCAAGAGGGCUCUCCCCAAAGCUGAUUUUCUAGGAAAAAUGUCCCAAGAAAAAGUCUCAAGGUCUGGGAGAGAAAAGAUGGCACUUGACAAACAGACCACCCCCAUGUCCCUUAAACAGGAAGACCUGGAAUUUAUGGGAUUACAUGUACAAUACAAGAGGAUCCAGCAUGAAUGGGGAUUACCUGCUCUUGUACACAAAUCUCUACAGGCUUUUGCACCGGUCCCACCUGAGCCUCAGAAGAGGUCCUUCAGAGGUCUGCAGAGAUUGGGAGAUGGAAGAAAAACACAUAGGGGGGUACAAGUGCCAUCGUCUCUGAGUAAAGUGCUGGUCGCUCCCCGUUGUUUGCAUUUUUUUAGUCAAGAUGCAAAAGAUCGCCUGGAAUCCCAUGUGAAGUGUUGGACCAGGGAACAUAAAUGGGGCCUUCCUCAACUGAUCCAAGAUUCAUUGAGAGCAAUGGUUCCUCCUCCACAGGUCACUGAUGAAAAACCCCACUGUGAACGUCAUUUGGGAUUCCACCUGCAAGAGGCAGCUCAUACUUCCCAUUCCAGAAGAGAAGGAUCUCCAUCCUGGAAAGAAGCCACCAUAAAGCCUAUGAAGAACAUCCACCAGAGGAAACCAGAUGCAAGAACUAGUUCCAGCUUUCCAGUGGCUGCCAUCAGAUCCCCUGAGGUGAGGCUGCUUUUCUACAUCCAUACGUCCUGGGAUCUUUUGGAGUUUCAUGUCACCCACAAGAAGAUCCAGCACGCAUGGGGACUGCCAUCCGCCAUCUUGAAAUCUCUGCGAAUAUUUGCUCCUUUUCCGCUUGACCUACAGAAGCACACCAGAAAGAGAACCCAGAGGAGUCCAAGAGACAAGGCAGAUUUGGAAACGAAGGCCCAGCAGCUUUGGUUCCUCAACACAAAUACACAGGAACAUCUGGAGACCAGCGUGAGGACCAUGGCCAUAAAGCAUAAGUGGGAGAUUCCAAAAAGGAUUCAACAUUCAUUUCAUCCAUUCCUUCCUCCUCUCCCCUCUUCCCAGGUUCCAGGACAGUCUGUCUGGCCUUGCAAGCAUAGACCAUUUCAAGACAUAUCAUCUGCUCCCCAAAUUUCAGUGCCAUUGCAAAAGGCAAAGCACCAUUUGGGGGUGAUGAAGACACCUCCAAAAGCAUUACCAGUUAAGACAGGAGGGGCUACUGAAGGAAUGAGGCGCUUAUGUCCCAAAAUAGUGCUCUCUUUCCUCCCCAUUGAGGAGAGGGACCUCCUGGAAUUCCACAUCCAACGAAAGAAAAUCCAACAUGCAUGGGGCCUACCAUUGAUGGUGCUUAGAUCUCUCCACGUCUUUGCCCCGUAUCUUCUUCAAUCAGAGAGGACUAUUGGGAAGACCACAUCUAGGACACCCAGAAGGGAGAUAAGAGACUUGCAAAUCCUUAGCCAAGAACUCAAUUUCCUCAGCAUUGAGGUAAAGCAACGCUUGGAGGCCCACCUGAGACAUCGCACAUCAGCGCACAGAUGGGGCCUUCCGGAAAGGGUUCAGCAAUCUCUGAGGGCAUUCCUUCCACCCGGAUCUCCUUCUCGUCCUGAGGUGACUGGAUCCCAGCCUCAUUUGCUUUUACCACCCAAAUCCUUACAGACAACUGAAGACAUCUACGAACUGGUGAUUUUUAAGCCAGAGGCCAAGACGAAGAGGACUCUAGGAAAGCCCAAGAGCAAAAUUGGCAAUAAGAGACAAAGAGCAACAGGUAGGCCUAGCCAAACUAAAGCCCAGACUUGCUUUGGUACCAAAAUGGUGCUCUCUUUCCUCGCAGAGAGUAGCCGGAACCUUCUGGAAUUCCACAUCCAACGAAAGAAAAUCCAGCAUGCAUGGGGCCUACCAUCGAUGGUGCUUAGAUCUCUCCAUGUCUUUGCCCCGUAUCUUCUUCAAUCAGAGAGGACUACUGGGAAAAUCACAUCUAGGAAACCCAGAAGGGAAAAAAUAGACGUGCAGAUCCUUAGUCAAGACCUUCUUUUCCUCAGCAUUGAGGUGAAAGAACGCUUGGAGGCCCAUCUGAGACAUCGUACAUCAGAGCACAGAUGGGGCCUUCCAGAAAGAGUUUGGCAAUCUCUGAGGGCCUUCCUACCACCCGGAUCUCCUUCUCAUCCCGGGAUGACUGGAUUCCAGCCUCUCUUGCCUUUACCACCCAAAUCCUUACAGAAAAGUGGACCUGAUUUGCAAGCCGCAGACAUCUAUGAACCGGUAUUGUUUAAGCCAGAGCUCAAGCAGAAGACCUUAGAAAAGCCCAAGAGCAAAGUUGCCAAUAAGAGACAGAGGGCAACAGGCAAGUCUAGGCAAACUAAAGUCCAGAUUUGCUCUGGUACCGAGCUCUCUUUCCUCCCAGAGAGCAGCCGGAACCUUCUGGAAUUCCACAUCCAGUGGAAGAGAAUCCAGCAUGCGUGGGGCUUGCCAUCAACAGUGCUAAAAUCGUUGCAAGCUUUUGCCCCACAUCUCUUUAAAGCAGAGAAGAUCACCGCAGAAACUGUGGGCAAGUUUCGCCCACGUGAUAGAGGAGAAGUGCAAAUCCUUAGUCAAGACCUCGAUUUUCUCAGCGUUGAUGUAAAGGAACUCUUGGAGGCCCACCUGAGACAUCUUACGUCAGAGCAUCGAUGGGGACUUCCAGAAAGGGUUCAGCGAUCUCUGAGCGUGCUCUUGCCACCUAGAUCUCCUUCUUGCUUUGAGAUGACUGGAUCCCAGCCUCUCUUGCCAUAUCUACCCCUAGCCACCUCUGUGCAGCCUUCAAGGAUUUCUAACGGGACAGAAGAUCCUCAGAUCCUGCCACCUUCCUCUCCUUCUGCAUACACCACCAGGGAUUACAUGUCCAGUGUUGAAAAUAUAGCCAGCUUCCAAAAAGUGAAGAUUGGAAGUGGAAGGACCACACCAAGGGUGAAGAACAAGAUGCCUCUCCCAGGCUUUAAGGCAAAGAUGGUCACCUGGCAAAUGGAAGACGGUUCUCAGAGGACAACCAAACAGAGAGGCACUCCUGUGAAACCUUCAGCUCCUAGCAGGGAACUGAAAAAGUCUCCUAAGAUAUCCAGCUGUCUUUCCUGUCAUUCAUCAGCCCCCAAGAAAGCCUCAAUCUCCUCGUCAAAGUCUGAUAGACAACCAAAAUGGCCAGAAAAAAAGAAGAAAAAGAAGCAAGUCUUAGGGAAGAGAGGGGAAGCUGUAGUAGACGAUUCCUCUCUACUAGCAGAAGACAACGAAGCUCAGGAUUCUCCUUGGUCCUCAGGAGACAACAUGGCAGAGUUGGAAGAGUCCUCAGGAGACAACAUGACAGAGUUGGAAGGGUCCUCAGGAGACAACAUGAGUCGUUCUUCUCUUCAAGAGUCAGAAGCUGCCAAGAUGUAUUACAGGCCUUGGGAGGCACACGUUCAACCGUAUCAUGCUCCUAUUUCUCAACAAGUCUCAUAUUUUUUCCCACACCAUGUUCUUGUUCCCAAUUCCUGCUAUGAGGAUGUUGUAGCCAGAUGUUACAGGCACAUCAGGAGGGGGCAUCAUGCCAGACAGAGCAGUAGACUACAAAGGAGAGGAAGUAGGCUUACGUGGAGAGAGUUCCUUGACCAUUCUCUGGAACAAGCAACCAGGUGCCAAACAUUUUUUAGAACCCAACUGCUGGACCGUUGGUUCUCCGACUGCGAGAGAUUCCUCUACCUGCAACAUCCUUCAUCCUCUAGAGGAAAGAGGUCCUCCACAGAAGACCAAGAUGUUCAACCUCCCAAGGAGAGUAGAAAGGGCCUCCAUCAAAAUCAAGACUUUGUAAGGACAGAUGUUGAACUUCAGGUCCAUCAUGAAAGUUGUAGCUUGACCCUGAAGACAGAUAGUAAGGAAGAGGGGAGAAAGGAGAGAGUCACCUUUUCCAUCGCUAAGGAGCAGAGCCUUUUGUCCCUAAAGACCCUGUCCCAAGGCAGCACAGAAUGUAAAGUCAUGAGGGAAGAUGACUGGGACCAAGGAAGAAGGCUGGAAGUGAAGUGGGAAGAUCAGAACAAGGGAGCAGAAGAGUCCUUCAGAGAAGAGAUGGGCAGCUGGACAUGGGCUAAUUCCUCAGUAGUGAGACAACCCCCUUUAGCUGAGGACUCUGCCCCAUCCUUGGUGGCUCUCUCAGAAGAAGCAAGAGUCAUCACCGGUGAUCGGCUUUGCAGCGGACUAGCAAAAGUAGUUGUGGGAUCACCUAAAGAUCAUGGUGUCCUAAAACCAAGUGAAAUUCCAGAGGGUAAGGAUGUGGUCAUCUGGCAGAAAAGGCAGAUUCCAGUAGACCUCAUGCAAGCAGGAACUGUGGGGCAGAAGAGUGGGGUCCAAUGUCCUCUCCCUAGAAGGAUGAGGCCUAUCAGCUGUUCACCUGGAAGGCCCCCAAAAGCUGGGAAGAAGAAACAGGUGAAGGUAAACUGGUCUUCCAAGGAAACACACCAAGAACGUCUUGUCAUCAGAAGGCUGGCCUUUGACCCAAAGCUCAGCCAGACCUUGGAGGUUCCUAGACAAGGAGCCCACAAGAGACCUCAAGAACAGAGGUCUUCGGGUAGUGAAAAGAUGACCAUUUUGGGUAACAUCCUGGAGAAGAAAUUGAACUUGCAACAGGGACUGUCCAUUUGGAGGCAGAGCCCCAGACCGAAGGAAGAGGAUGGAAGAGGCCGAAAGAGAGACAAAAGGGAAGGCAGAGGAGGACAGGGAGGGAGACCACCACAACCACCAUACGCUUCCGUGGACAAGCAGAGCUCCACCCUCAGCAGCAUCCUGCAGGGGAAACUGCAUCUCUGCAGGAACAUCCUAAAAGGGAAGCUCUGCUUCUGGAAGAAAAGCCAGGAACUUUCCAAAACCAGGAGAACUGGGAAAUACGGUGGGGUGCAGGGAAAAAAAUUGGGGGCGGCUAAGUAGAUGGGCUCUAUUCUGCAGUACCUUUUCACCAAUAAAUCUUCA